AUGCUCGUUUCCAGACCUUUCCUUAUAUCACUGGGCAUUUCCAGGGUAUAUGCGGCCACAGCAACAACAUCAGCACAAACAUCAUCUAUAACUGGCUGUCAUAGCCAUGGCUCAAGCAUUUACUGUAUUGAUGGAGAUGGCCACGAAGUUUUAGUUUCGGCCACAUCUACCCCUACAACCGGGAUUCCAGCACAAUACACUGGGUGUCACUCCCACGGAAGCGAGUCAUAUUGCAUGGAUGGAGAUGGAAACGAUGUCCUGAUUCAAGAAGAAGAAACGGAAGCCGAGGGGACCGAAGACAGUCACAGUAAAGAUGAUACCCACGACCACGAAGAAUCCUCAAGCGAAGCCAAGCAAAGCUGUCACUUCCAUGCUGGUGUCGAACACUGCGUGGGUGAAGGUGAAUCAGAGGAACAUAGUGCUUCAUCGUGUGAUAUCAAAGCUAGAGACUACAACGUGCCUCUAAGAGUUGGUACACUGUUCGUUGUCCUUGUCACUAGUGCAAUUGGUGUCUUUGCCCCUAUUCUCUUGAUGAAACUUCCAUUUGCCUCGAUCAAUGGGGUGGUCUCGACCGUCAUCAAACAAUUUGGAACUGGCAUUAUCCUCGCCACGGCUUUCAUCCAUCUAUACACACAUGCCACCCUCAUGUUUACCAAUGAAUGUUUAGGAGAGCUCGAGUACGAAGCAACUACCUCUGCGGUAGUCAUGGCGGGUAUAUUCAUUGCUUUCUUGUUGGAAUACAUUGGUCACAGGGUUAUUGUUGCUCGCAACAGCAAGAAGACCUCCGCAGCAACCACCCCAUCCGAAUCUCAGCAAACACAUCAGAAGGAAGAGGAUGACCACUCGCAUGACCACUCUCAGAACCAACAGCAGCAGCCUACGUUGGUUUGUCUGGGGCACAAUCACGGCUCAUUCGAUCUUACCGGGCCCAACAGCAAAUUUUCGGUAAUUGUCAUGGAAGCGGGUAUACUUUUCCAUAGUAUCUUGAUUGGUCUCACCCUCGUCGUUGCUGGGGACUCAUUUUACAAGACGCUUCUGGUGGUGAUUGUGUUUCAUCAAUUCUUUGAAGGGUUGGCACUCGGUGCUCGCAUUGCAAUCCUCCCCGGACCUAUAUUCCCUUCUAAGGCGUGUAUGGCGAUGGCAUUUGCCUUGAUCACACCUAUUGGCAUGGCCAUUGGACUUGGUGUUUUGCACACCUUCAAUGGUAACUCAAGGGGCACUUUAAUUGCACUAGGAACAUUGGACGCGUUGUCUGCUGGUAUUCUGGUGUGGGUUGGUGUCGUUGAUAUGUGGGCGCGUGACUGGGUCAUUGAUGGAGGUGAAAUGUUGCAUGCGAAGUUGUCAAAAGUUUUGACUGGUGGUAUUUCUUUGGUCAGUGGGGUGGUGUUGAUGGGACUGCUAGGAAAAUGGGCUUGA